UUUUGCUUUGCCACUGUGUGAACCAUGUAUGGGGCAUCGGCCGCAUUCAGUUUGGGGCACCAUUUGCUUGGCAUGCAUUAAUUGCAUGCUCUACUAAGUAGGACCCUUCUUCUCUUGGUGGCUUGUGAGAGGCCAGCAAAUCUCUCCAUGAUCAGGGUCAGGAUCAGAGGGGGGCCAAGCUGCUUUCCAUGUGGGCUAGCUUGGUCUGUUGAUGCGUGCAUGGUUUCGUCCUCUCUUUGUCUCAUGCUUUGAUCAUGGCUUCCUGCAUGAUAAAACCUCUCCCUGACCGGACUGUUUUCCUGCUUCUUGGCUGGGGGUGUUAAAAAGAUCACCUCAAGGUCACCCACCACGCACACACCAUUCUCCUUGUAGGCGUUUUAUUAGGAAACGCUUUCCUUUCCAUUUUAGUAGGCAAGCUUGAAGUCUGAGAGCUUCUUGCAUAUGCUGGAUACUUGAAGCUUGGUUCUUGCUGCUGUGUUCCUCUCUUGGCCUCUCUGCACUUUCAGGUUGCUCCCUAGGAGACCGACUACCAGGAGGCAGUGGCAGUUGGCGUUUUAAUAGGCUGUCAAUGUUCGCUCCAUGAUUUGGUAAGGUCCUUUUUAAUUCAGUACGACGUUUGACACCUUCCAUUCCAAUCCUGAAGAUGACCGGCGACACAUCUUAUCAGCAGUUUGGAGUGGACGCCAUGAUGAGCAGCUGCUUCGUCAGUGGCCGCGGCAGCGGCAGCAGCGUGUUCGGCGCCGAAAUAGAGAUGUUCCACGUCCAGGAGUACAGGCCGCAAGAUGGCAGCUUCGGCUUCGACGAACCGGCACCGGCAGCCGUGGGCACGCAUUUCUUGGCGGACGACGGUGCGGUGCUCGCCGGCCAGCUGCAGCUGGUGUGCGCCGCUACCCCACAGAGCUUGUCGCCGGAGGAGACGCGCUUCGCCUACAGCGUCGCCAGCGAGAGCACUGGCGCGGCGCGUUCCGUGCUCCCCGCCGCCUCGGUGGACUACCGGUACGGUCAGUCAUCGUCAGAUGUCACCGUUGCUCACCCGCCGCAGCGCAGCUGGAUCCAUGAUCCAUACUACGCGACAUGGCUCUCCGGCGACGCCUUCCCGGACCUGUCCUCGGAAGUGAGCUGCUCUGGCUUGACCCAUGCAAGCAACAGAGCCGACCACGACCUGUUCCAGCCUCCUUACGGUGGCGGCGGCGACGACGAGCUGGGGCGAGCGUGCCGGCAGAUGGCGCGUGCCGGGCCCCUGCACUUCUCGCAGGUCCUGUCGCGGUCAGGGUACGCGCACAUCGUGCAGCAGACGCUGGACGAGUUCGUCGGCUGCCUGCUGCAAGACGUGGCCGGGAUCACCGGAUUGGUCGUCGGCGAGGCGAGCUGCUCGCUGCCCUCGUCAAGCUGCUCCAAGACGACGUCAUCGAACCCGUCGAUGUUUCUCAGCUCGGAAGAGCAUCCGCAUCAGAAGCUGAGGAGCGAUCUCCUCAGACUGCUACAGCUGAUGGACCAACGGUGCAACCAGUGCCAGGACGAGAUGCAGAACGCGGCGUCGAAAUACGGCAGCAUGGUGCGUCCGGGCCGCGUCCUCUCGGCGCCGUUCGCGCACGGUGCGGUGUCCGCGACGCACCGGAGGCUCCGGGCUCGGGUCACGGGCGAGAUUGCGGCGGCGACGCAGACGCAGAGGGGCCGGGAGCCGUCGUCGGUGUCGCUGUCUGACAGGGAGAGGAGCUGGGAGUCGGCCUUCAUUGAGAAGCACUGGGCGCUGCGGCAGCUCAGGAAGGGCGACCAGCAGUCGUGGCGGCCGCAGCGCGGCUUGCCGGAGAAGUCUGUCGCCGUCCUCAAGGCCUGGAUGUUUGAGAACUUCCUCCGCCCGUACCCGAAAGACAGCGAGAAGGAGAUGCUGGCGGCGAGGAGUGGCCUGAGCAGGAGCCAGGUCUCCAACUGGUUCAUCAACGCUCGCGUCCGGCUAUGGAAGCCGAUGAUAGAGGAGAUGUGCGAGGACCUCAAGAAGGCCUCCGGAGGCGGCGAGGGUGUGCCUGCCUGAACAUCUGAGACCAAAGGAUGCAAGCUAUAAUACGAUGUCUCCAACUUUCAGAUUGGAACUGUGUAAAAUUUCAGCAUUCAUUGCUCCGGGAGCUUCUGUACAAGCAUUGUUGUCACUCGGCAGCCACUUAGGAGCUCAUCCCCAUCGUCUCUUGUCAUCUAUGUAACCUGUAAUUCACCUUGCGUAAAUAUAAUUGCCAAUGCCUGCAAUUUGCAAUAGACACUCUCUGCCU